AUGGAUCACCCGGAGCAAACGGCCCACGGCCAAGAGGAAAGCGCCUCCGCGCACACAAAUGCCCAGCCAGAAGGUUCCAGCGCGACGCAGGCACAGCCAGCACCCGAUGCCAAUGCCAACCCCAUCCAGCAUGGCGACUUCUCGAAUCUCCCAAUGCAGCCUGGGAUGCCACCAGACCUGAAUCUGCUCUCCAUGUUGCCACAGGACGGAAGCCUGCUGGGACCAGAUGCGCUGAUGAAUAUGCCGAUGAUGAUGCCUAUGAUGAUGCCCGACGGCUCGAUGGACGCCAACGGCAUGUUGAGCAUGCCUCAAAACGGGAUCAGCAAUGACGAGAUCGCACUGUAUGACAGACAAAUACGCCUUUGGGGUAUGGCCGCCCAGCAAAAGAUCCGCAACGCGAACGUGUUGCUCAUCACAAUGAAGGGUCUGGCAAACGAGAUCGCCAAGAAUCUGGUACUGGCGGGCAUAGGGUCCUUGACCAUCAUCGACCAUGAUAACGUUACCGAGGCCGACCUGGGCUCUCAGUUCUUCCUCUCUGAGAAGGAGGGCCACCUAGGAAAGAACAGGGCCGAGGCAGCGUUGCCUCAAGUCCAGAAGCUGAACCCGCGAGUUACUGUCAUCGCCGACACGGACGACGUGCGGUUCAAGGGCGCGAGCUACUUCGCCCUUUUUGACAUGGUCAUCGCGACUGACCUGGACCCCGAUGCCUUGAACAUAAUCAACACGGCGACGCGCCUAAAUAUGCGGCCGUUCUACGCUGCUGGUACACAUGGACUUUACGGCUUCAUCUUCGCCGACUUGAUCGAGCACACAUUUUCGAUUGAGCGGGAGAAACCCAACGUGCCCACUGAGUUGAAGGCCGAGACGAGAACACGGCAAAUCUUCCAAGUCGACUCGAAGAAGGAGAACGGGAAGGAGAUGGAGAUCGUCUCCAAGAAGGAGGUCUAUAGCACUUGGUUGCUCGCCAGCGACGGCGCGUUCUUACCUGAAGAAUACACCAAGAGCAAGCGACGCCUUAAAGCCGUCAGCCCGGCCUUGUCGUGCCUUCGGGCACUGUGGGAGUUCCAGACUUCCCAUAAUGGUCGCAACCCGGGAGCGAACCAGGCCGACCUCGCGGCAUUCACGAAAUCGGCCACUCAAAAGCACAAGGACCUCCAAUUGCCUGGGGAGACCCUCACAGCUGAGUUUCUGCGAAGUUUCCUGCAGAAUAUUGGUUGCGAGGUUGCCCCCGUUACUGCCAUACUUGGGGGACAAUUGGCGCAAGACGUGAUCAACGUACUCGGCCAGACCCAGCAGCCAAUCCAGAACACCGUCAUCUUCGACGGCAAUACUAUGGAGGCCAACCUGUACCCUCUGCACCCCGAAGGCGCUCUUGGCGCGUCGCUUCUUUCCAUGGGGCUCGGCGGGAUUGCUGGAAUCCCGGGGAUGGGCAACGGGGACAUGAACGGGUUGAUGGGUGACCCAUCGAUGAUGCCUAUGGGCAUGCAACCGAUGGACAUGGGGUUCAACGGCGCGCCCAUGGCCACCGCCGGCGUGCAACCACAAUUCAACAGCGCGGGAGCUGGCACAAAUGAGGCCCAGACAAACUUCACCGGUGCAGGUUCGGCCCCAAGCACAGGUCCGGGUGCAGGCGCUGGCGAAUCACAUCCAAGUGGCUGA